AGCCCGCCUAUAAUAAAAGUAAUGUUUUUUCGUGGAAUGGACGUACCUUCCGACAUUUUCUUUAUUCUUUAAGCAAAAGCUUGAACCACCUCCAUCUUCACCUUCUUCUUCUUCUACUGGUUCUGGAUCUUCCUCUGUCUUCAUUCUCCUGCUAGGGUUUCAUUUUCUCUCUUGUAUUUAUGCUCAAUGUUCUAUUGAUUCGACCUGUACUAAUCCUUCUCAAGCUUUGAAUUAGUUUUGGAAGGAUCGACAAUGGUGGAUUCUGGACCAGUAACGCUUGGAAAGCGCAAAUGCAGGCUGCUGGUUACUCAUGAUGACUACAGCAUGGUAUCCAAACUUCCAAAGCAGAGCAUGUCAGUAGUGACAAUACUCAGGGAUCCAGUUGACCGUGUCUUUAGUACUUAUGAAUUUUCAAUAAAAGUAGCAGCUAGGUUUUUGGUGCAUCCUAAUUUAACUUCUGCAACACAAAUGGCUAAACGAUUGCGUGCUAAAACAACUGGUGUAAGCACACUGGAUAUAUGGCCCUGGAAAUAUUUGGUUCCAUGGAUGAGGGAAGACCUUUUUGCUCGUAGAGAUACUAGAAAGCAUAGGGGCUUAAAUGACAUCAUGAGCAGUGACCCAUAUGACACACCGGAGAUUGCUAUGCCAUUGCAUGUGUACAUUCAUGAUCCUAUUGCUCAUGACAUAGUUCACAAUGGAGCAACAUUUCAGGUUGCAGGUUUGACAAACAACUCCUAUACUCCAGAAUCACAUUUUGUGCGCCAUUGUGUGCAAAAGUACAAGGUUCUUGGUCAUCAUGUGUUUCAAGUAGCAAAGAAUGGAGCUCUUUGACUUCGGAGUCCAAGUCCAAUAAUAAUAAUAUUAAUCAGCACUUCAAAUCAAAAUAGAAGUGAAAUUGCUUCACCUGAAAUUGAUGAAGCCGUAAAUGAGAAUAUGACUGUGGGAGAACUCAUGGAUUCUUAUGAAGUAUGCAUAUCUAGUUUACGCAAGUCCCAGACACAACGACACACUUCUUCUUUGAAGAGAAUCGCACCAGCAAACUUCACCAAGGAGGUGUUUUAAAUGCCAGCCAAAAUGCACGCCAACACAUCUCUGCUGUGGUCCUUCAAAAUAUAAGGUUACUUAAUCACCUUGAUCUGGAACUCUGCAAAUAUGCCCAUGGCCUUUUUUGCAAAGCAGCACAGACGCACAAUGCAGAAUUUUGUUGGAAUGGGAGUUUCAAGCUGUGUGAAAGAAGCAGGCAUUGGAUUUAUGAUGGCUCCAACAUAUCAUCCAGCAAUGAAGCUUGUCCGCCCAGUCAGGAAAAAGCUGAAAGUAAAAACUGUAUUUAAUAUAUUGGGCCAUAUGUUAAACCCAACAAGAGUACUGUAUGCUGUUGUGGGUGUCUAUGCAGAAGAUUUGAUGUGACAAGCGAAAUAAAAAAAUGAUACUUAAUUUUAAAGGCUUUCUGUUGGGCAGCUGUAGAACAUUUUGUGCUGAAAGUGGUAACUUUUCAAUAUGUUGAAUAUUUAAGACUUCUUGAAUACUUAAAGAACAUUUUGUUGUUGAUGACAGUGUUGAAUGUUUUAAACUAAUUUGUGAAUUGUUAAUACAAUGUUGAAUGUUUUUA